UGCGCGUACGAUCCUGCGCUCAUUCCCUAGAGAUUUCCACCCCCCAUGCUCAUCCUUCCCUGCUCUUUCCCCCAGCCACCCCCGAUCCUCCCGCUCAUUUUCCCCUGCCCCGGCCUUCCCUCUAGUCCGCUGCCCACUCCCUCCCAGGCCUUCCCUUCAGACCCCCUUCCCGGACCUUCCUUAUGAGCACCUAGUCCGCUCCUUCCUUAUAGCUAUUUCCCUUCCCCCACAUGGGCCUUUCUGCUAGCUAUUCCCUUCAGCCACCCCGCCCCCUCCCCAUCCGCCCCACAGACCUUAGUUCCAGCCCUCUCCCCCUCAUCUGGGCCUUCCUUUCAGCCACCCUACUCAUCCUACCCCUGCUUGGGCCUUCCCUCGAGUCAUCCUGCCCAGAUCUUCCCUCCAGCCACCCUGUCCACGCCACCCCCCUCUUCCCCCCCGCUAAUCCUCCCCCUGGGCCUUCCCUGCCAUCCCCCCUGCUAACCUCCCCUAUGUUGUUCUCCUCUCUCACCCCCUGGGCCUUCCUACAGCCACCCCCAAACACCCCCUCUUCCUGGUGUUCUGUUCAGCCAUACCUGCCUGGGCCUUUCAUACAGCCACCCCUCUUCCUGCUUACCCCCUGGGCCUUUCCUACACCCACCUCUGUCCCCAGUCACCACCACUGGCUUUUAUCUACAGCCACUGCCACACAAAUGCACUCUCAUCCAUCCCAUGGGGGGAGGAGGGGAGAGGUUUGCAUACAGCUUCCUCUUGCUCAUCCUCCCCACCCUGCCACCAGAGGGCUUUACCUAUGGUUGCCACCCUCAAUUACUCCCUUGAAGUAUCAUGGCAGUCAAGUGGACUACUGGACAUUCCUCUUCUGUAUUGUGCUUGAAUGUAAACAAAGAAGGGCUGGUAGCUUCCGGAGCAGAGAGAGGAGAACUCACUAUCUGGAAUGAAGAGGGGAUUCGUUUAGGACAGAUACAGCUCCCAAGGACAGAUGAUGUCACCUGUGUUGUGUUCUCUCCCACCUACCCCAGCAGGCUGUACACCUCCCAUGGUGAAACCAUUAGCAUGUUGGAUGUCAGAUCCUUUAAGGGGCCAAUUGAAUGCUUUCAUGUGAACGAGGAAGAGAUCAAUUGCCUGUCAGUGAAUGAGACGGACAGUGUCCUGGCCGCUGCAGAUGACUCUGGGGCAAUAAAAAUUAUGAACUUGGAAAACAAGAAAGUCAGCCGGUCCUUGAGGAGGCAUUCAAACAUCUGCUCCUCUGUUGCCUUUCGACCUCAGCGCCCUCAAAGCCUUGUGUCUUGUGGACUGGACAUGAAGGUUAUGCUGUGGAACCUACAGAAAGCUCGCCCACUGUGGACCAUGACCCUGCAGGAGAACGAAGCAGAAGGAGUGGAGCAGCAAUCAGCUGGCCAGUUCUUUAAUCCUCCCCUAGCCCAUUCUCUGUCUGUUGCAGCAUGUGGCAAUGUCUUUGGUUGUGGAGGUGAAGACGGUAAAAUCCGGAUCUUCAGGAUAACAGGUGUCAAGUUUGAACAGGAGUUGGGAUUUAAGGGUCACACACUGGGGGUGUCACAGGUCCUCUUUCUACCAGAAGUAUAUUGGCUGCUUUCUGGGGGAAAUGAUGGAAAGGUGUUACUGUGGGAUGUCAGCAAUGAAGCUGGGAAGCAACUGAAGAGUCCUGUGAAAUCCAUCCACAGGAGGAAGGCCAGAACACCAGCUUCCACUAAGAGAGAUGGAGAGCCCAAAGCAAUGGUUGCAAAUGAACAUGCCAGAAUUUUACCAAAACUAAGCAUAGAACAUGGAGAGAAGGUGAACUGGAUUUCAUAUGCAGAGAUCAAAGGCUUCAGGAAGGUAUUAGUUGCCGAUCAGAGCAGCUGUAUAUCUGUAUAUCCUCUGAUUGAAACUUAGACACACAUUGUUUAAGGAAAUCUUGGCAAGUAGCUAGUUUUUUGGGCUGUUGUGAGCUGGCCUACCUGGUUCUCUACAGAGCACUCUCCUCUUUUUUUACCAUGGAGAGUAAACUUCCUGUAGCUUAAAUAAUUCCCAGCUCUCAUGCAUGUGUAGAAGUGGCCAGGAAUUUGCUGUGGCACAUUAUGCACAUAAGUAACAAUACUUUUAUCUUUUUCAAUAGUGGCAUAUCUUCACUGUAAAUAUUUUCUUGUGGGGUCAGAAGAUGGUGCAUCUUGAAUAUAUGUGUGACUUUGUUUGAAAUGGGUUGAGAGGAAUUGCAGGCUCAAAAAUGAGCAGACACUGAGGCAGCCUCAUGUGGCAGAUUGUAACAUUUUAUGUUUCAGUCUGCAACCAUUGUAAGAAAGAAGGUAUUCAGUUUGGGAGAAAAAUGGUGGCCUUUUCUGUAAAAACUAAAUCAAUGGCUGUGGUAAGCUUUGCUGAAGGUGUAAUUGACUGGAGUCCUCCAAAACCCCUGCACAAUAACAAAACUACUGAUUUUCCUGCUUUGCCUCCUUACCUCUUUAGUUCUUUGCUUUCCCUAUUUCAACAUCUCUGGCAAUUUAGGCCUGAAUUAGACAUAUACUCUCAUUAUCUGAGCUGCAGCAACUGAACUGUGGGUUGCAAGCAUGUUUGAACUAUUUUUAAUUUAAUAUAGUUAAGAAUAACUACUGAAGGGGUUAAAUAGCUAAAUUGAUUUAAACUUCAUCAUUAAGUGAGACUUUCAGACUGGAACAACAUUAGGGGGUGGGGGGAAAUGUUAACAGCUAUUAACUUGGCUUGUCCUCUGAUUUCAUGUUCGAGAAGAAGAAAAUCUUUUAAAUCUGUUUCAGUAAAAGUUUUCUCUAUCACUGUGCUACUUGUGCUCCUGCUAGCUCUUGUAUGACUAUCCUAUGUAACCCUAUAUGCUGUGAAAAAUGUGAAGUUGAGCAUUUUAUAACUUAAAUGCAGAGUAUAAUAAAAAUACAGAGGGCCAAAUGCUGCUGUCUUCCUUACACACAUAGUAUUACUAAUUUCAAGGGCUUCUUGCAUGAAUAGGGAAAGCAGGCUCUUGCCCUAGGUGGAUUGUUAGCUUACAAAUGUCGUGGGGAAGUGACCAAAUGUGAAUUCUGUGCCUUUGAAGUUAUUUAAUAAACUCUUGGCUUUUAUGGGAUGUGCAAAUAAUUCAGAAAGUUUAUUUUCCCAGGAUGUCCUCUAUCACUAAUGUGCUAAAAGUAUACUACUGUACAGUUUGGAAACUAAUCUGACUAAUUAAAUUAUUUCCUUCUCAUUGUUUAUACAUGUAAAGGAGCGAUCUUUGCCAAAAACACUGAACUUUGAAGUAUUAAAUCUGACAUUACUAAAAUAAAGUUAAUUUGUGUUUGUCAA